AGAGCCGCAAUAUCUCCCGCGGCUCAACGUCCCUGCCCCGCCCCCGCACUCCGUAUUUACAGUAUCAUACCGCACCCGUGUGUGGGGACAAGGUCCGUGCGCACGGGUAGCCCCACGAGCUCUUACAUUCCGUUUAAAUUUGGUUCUUGGCCCGGCUCAGGGUUAUGCACGAGUGUAUAUAAACCCACGGCUUCAGUUGGCCCUUGCUUGGAGUAUUGUAUAUCAUACCGGUAUUGUUCUUCAAGGUUAGGUUAGAUUAGGUUGAAUACCAGGAUGUUGCUCAGGUCGUUUGCGCGCGCUGGGGUUUUCGGGCACAGGCACUGCUAUCAUGGAGUAGGAGCGGGAGUGGCGGCGGGAAGGCGGGCGUUGUUGACGGAGAGUUACUGCAAAGGACCUAUAGAGGUAUGGUAUCUCAUCGCAUGCCUACACGUCCCAAGUUCCAAUGUAACUGACCUGCCGGUACUCCACUACCGUAGCCGCCAUUGCUAGACCUGACCAUAGGCUCGCACCUGGCGGAAAUAACCCGCGAGUAUGGGGACACUCUCGCGUUCGUUCCUCGUCUCAUUACCCGUAGCUCUUGAAGUUGACGUUUUCAGUGUAAUCUCCUCACACCAAAACACCCGCCUCGCGUACUCCUCCCUACACACACAAUCCACCUCCCUCGCCCAUGGCCUCAAGAACCUAGGCGUGCAGCGCGGCGACAGAGUUGCCGUCUCGCUAGGGAAUAAUAUCGAAUUUGCGCUCGCGACGUAUGCCAUAUUUAAGCUUGGGGCUGUCCUCGUACCCCUCAACCCUUCGUUCAACACCGCGCAAGUAGCCUCAGCCCUGAACCACCUUUCUGCCACGCACUUGCUCAUAGGGCUUGAGACGAACCUGCCUCGGAAGACACCAAGGAGUAAUUCUGGAUUGUUAAGGGAGUUAGUGCCUGACUGCGAGCGUAUAGGAGUAAUUUCUAGUGAGCUGAUGCCGUCGUUGAGGAGGGUUGUUGUCGUUGAUAAUACAAAGGGUAGAGGGGGAGGGGGGGAUGACUUUAACGCGUUUUCGAAGUUCCCGGAUUUAUUAGAGGAUGGGGAGGGAAAGCCGCAUUUGACCGAGGAGGGGAUGGGGGUUGAUGAUGUCGUUAAUAUACAGUUUACUAGUGGGUGAGUUAUAGUAUAUAUGGGGGAAAGGAGAAUUUGAAGGCUGAUGUGGGGAGAGUGUGAUAGGACAACGAGUAUGCCGAAAGCUGCGUGCUUAACUCAUCGCUCUAUACUGAAUAAUGGGAAGAGCAUUGGUGACAGGAUGCUAUUGACGAAUAAGGAUGUUAUAUGCUGUCCCCCACCGUUAUUCCAGUAUUCCCCACUCCUUCAUCCACCCCUUCCCGCGCCCAGUACUAAGGAAGAACUAGUUGCUUUGGCAGCGUCCUGGGCUACAUGGCUUCCGCAACACAUGCCUCCUGCAUCGUAUUUCCCACCGAAUGCUUCGACGCGAAGGCAACCCUUCACGCCGUGCAGCAGGAAAAGUGCACGGCACUGUACGGCGUGCCAACCAUGUUCACGGCGGAGCUAGAACUGUUAGCCAGCGGGGAGGUGGAACAGAAAGGUUUCGAGCACAUUAGGACUGGGAUUGCAGCCGGGAGUAGUAUCCCGAGGGAAUUGAUGAAGAAGUUGCAUAAGAAGUUGAACCUGACGGAACUAAGUGCGUGACCCCUCAGGGUCUCUCGGUGUAGAAGAAGGGAGGACUAAUGAAGAAUUUUGUUGUGGUGGGGGUGUAGCUAUAUGUUAUGGGUGAGUGAGAUAUUGUGAUCUAACUUGGCGGGUGAUUUGCGUAAUGGCUGACGAGGUUCGUAGAAUGACUGAAACUUCACCGGUUUCUGCAAUGACUACCACCGAUGACCCGCUUGAUAAACGAGUCGAUAGUGUGGGCAGGUUGAUGCCGCACGUCGAGUCCGUCCCUCCUCUCCUUCCCCCCUCUUCCUACUAACAUCCGCAAAUAGAGCAAAAGUAGUCUCCACCACCGACCGCACCAAAAUCCUCCCCGUAGGCAAACGCGGUGAACUAGCAGUAUCCGGAUACCUCUUACAAAAAUGUUACUGGAACGACCCAAUCCGUACAGCGGAAGUCAUGACUAAAGAUGGGAGCGGGAGGUUGUGGAUGCAUGUGAGGGAUUUCCCACGCCACCACUACUGCUUGCUUUCUUCGGUCAUAUAGCUAAUAAUCGGAUUGGACCGGGCAGACCGGAGACGAAGCAGAAAUGGACGAGAGCGGGUAUAUCAAGAUCACCGGGAGAUUAAAAGAUCUGAUUAUUCGGGGUGGUGAAAACAUUGUAGGUCCCCGGGAAUCCUAGACUAGUUUUGGUAUUGGGCUAAUCCUCAAAGCACCCUCUCGAAAUCGAAAACUGCCUGCUUGGCCACCCAAAGAUUCUCGAGUCUUCAGUUGUAGGGCUUAAAGAUGAGAGAUACGGGGAGGUUGUGGCAGCGUUUGUUAGGAAGGAGGAGGGUUUGUUAGCGGAUGAGGUUAGGGAGUGGGUUCGCGAGAAGCUGUCGCAUCAUUUAGGUAUGCUAUAGUAUACCUCUUAGCUAACAUUUGGGAUGUGGCAGGGCAGAGGGCUAACGAAGUGGUAGUCCCGAAAUAUGUAUUCUGGGUUGAAGUCUAUCCCAAGACCGCCAGCGGGAAGAUACAAAAGUUCGUAUUGAAAGAAAUGGGGGCGGAGUUAGUUGCUAAGGGGGAGGGGCUGUGA